AUGGCGGCGCGGCGGGAGGCGGCGAAGGAGCGCUCAGUGCUCAGCGGCGGGAACGAGGCGGCGGCGGUGGAACCGGCCCCGUUCCGGCACGGCGUCAUCCCCGGCUUCCUGGCGGGCCCGGCCUUCGCGGAGGCGCUGCGCGACGAGCUGCUGGGCCUCGGCUUCCGUCGGCGGAGCAACGACCUCCUCUCGCUGCGGCAGUCCGAGGAGCUGGGGGGAAGGCCGGAGCCCCACGUCGCCGCGCUGAGGCAUGCUCUGUGUGAAGAAUUCCGAGCGUGGCUUUCUGCUGUGACCCAGAUUGAGCUGGAACCAACUAUUGACAUCUCCUGUGCUAAAUAUGAAUAUACAGAUGUCUUGCUGUGCCACGAUGAUGAGCUAGAAGGUCGGAGAAUUGCUUUCAUCCUGUACCUUGUCCCACCCUGGGAGAAAAGCAACGGGGGAACGCUGGACCUGUAUAGCACAGAUGAACACUUUCAGCCACAGCAAAUUGUCAAGUCAUUAGUGCCUUCGUGGAACACACUGGUUUUCUUUGAAGUGUCUCCAGUCUCCUUCCACCAGGUGUCAGAAGUUUUGUCUGAGGAGAAGUGCCGCUUGUCAGUGAGCGGCUGGUUUCAUGGCCCAUCAAUAGUCAGACCUGCACGCCACAUUGAAGGUCCCUUGCCCAGGAGCCCACACAUCCCCUAUGAUCACGAAAUCUUGUAUGAGUGGAUCAAUCUAGUUUAUUUGGACAUGGACUCCCAAGCUCAAAUCCAGGAGGAAUUUGAGGAGCGAUCAGAAAUUCUCCUGAAAGAUUUUCUUAAGAAAGAGAAAUACCAACUGCUAUGUGAAACUUUGGAGAACAAAGACAUCCAGUGGAGUAGCCGGGGGCCUGCCAAUAAAAGACUCUAUGAGGCAGCAGAGGAAGACAGCCUCCCUGACAUCCUGAAGAAAUUCCUGCAGUUCUUACGCUCUGAGGCCUUGUUUUUACUGCUUUCCAACUUCACUGGCCUAAAGCUGCACUUCCUGGCUCCCUCUGAUGAGGAUGAAGAUGCUGGGGAAGGAAGAGCAGCAGAUACCACUGGGCACAGCAGUCCCAAACCUGAGCAGGAAGAGCCUGAACAACAUGCUGAUAGCAAUCCACAUCAGUCAGACCAGCCUGCCAACAUCCCUGAAGCACAAGACAGCGAGAUGCAGAACAGCUCAGAUACCCCCAUGUGUGCAGGGGAGCUGAGGCGCUGGACCCACAGGCACUAUACUCUAGUCCACGACACUUGGGCAACAGAAUUUGCUCUCGACCUGCUCUUCUUCUGUGGCUGUGAGGACUGGGAUCCAGAAUAUGGUGGCUUUACUUCCUACAUCGCUAAAGGUGAAGAUGAAGAGCUGUUGACAGUGAAUCCAGAGGACAACUGCUUGGCCUUAGUUUAUAGAGACAAAGAAACUAUGAAGUUUGUGAAAUACAUCAAUCAUCAUAGCUUGGCACGCCUGAAAAAGCAUCCAAACAGAACAGGAUUUUGGGAUUUUUCCUUUGUCUAUUAUGAGUGAUGGUGCAGAGUGUGACCAUCGUCACACAGAAAAUGGUGGUGGGUGCAGGGCAGGUUUCUAUCCAGGCGUUCAGCUGGGGCCCGUCUAAGCCCAGAUAAACUUUGCCACUGCUAACUUCACCACACUGUAUAUGAGCUGUACCCUACCACGUGGGGUCCAGGUGACUUUUUUAACUGUACAAAUGGAAAUCCAGUCUUCCCCUGAGUGCAUUGUAACACACACUCUCGACUGCUUUUAACGCUACGCAGAGGGGGUCAUUGUCACACAAUUGACAGCUGCUCUGUCAGCUUUCCAGCUGUUCUCUCAUGGAAAUAGCACACAGGGGGAUGUGUCUAAUCUGUCAGGGUGAAAAUUACAACCGUGCAUUGCCCC